CAGCAGCAUGUCCCAGCCAGAAGCGGCCCCGCUGGCGACCAACGGCUCGGGGGCCGGGGAGGUGGCCGGGGCUCAGCUGCGCUGGGCUGCUCUGCUCAUCAUCAUGGUCAUCAUCGCCACCAUCGGGGGCAACAUCCUGGUCAUCUUGGCCGUGUCGCUGGAGAGGAAGCUGCAGAACGCCACCAACUACUUCCUGAUGUCCCUGGCAGUGGCCGACCUGCUGGUGGGACUCCUGGUGAUGCCCAUCGCCCUCAUCACUGUGCUCUACAAUUCCGGGUGGCCUCUUCCGGAAUUCCUCUGCCCAAUCUGGCUCUUCCUGGACGUCCUGUUCUCUACAGCGUCCAUCAUGCACCUAUGUGCCAUCUCACUGGACCGCUACAUAGCCAUCAAGAAGCCCAUUCAGCACAGCCAGUAUAAGUCUAGGUCCAAAGCCAUGGCCAAGAUAGCAGUGGUGUGGCUCAUAUCCAUUGGUAUCGCAAUCCCCAUUCCCAUCAAGGGGCUGAGAAACUACCAUCUUCCAAACAAUGUUACCUUUAACAGCAACCACACCUGCCUAUUGAAACCAGACAGCUUCCGAGAGUUCAUUAUGUUUGGCUCCAUGACAGCUUUUUUCAUCCCUUUAACCAUCAUGAUGGUCAUCUACCUGCUCACCAUUCAGGUGUUGCGCAAGAAAGCUUUUCUGCUCAGGUCAAAGGUCACCCAGCGUUUCACUCGCCCAACCGUCUCCACAGUCUUCCAGAGGGAGCAGUCCAUGGCCUCUCCCACAACUGAGAAACUGCCGGGAAACCCCACCUCUCCCACCAACCCCAUCACAAGUGACGAGAUCCCCAUCCGUCGCAUGUCCACCCUGGGCAAGAAGUCCAUGCAAAACCUGACCAAUGAGCAGCGUGCCUCCAAGGUGCUGGGCAUCGUCUUCCUGCUGUUUGUGGUCAUGUGGUGCCCAUUCUUCAUCACUAACAUCACCUCUGUGCUUUGUGCCAGCUGCGACGUCCAUGUGAUCGGCAGUCUGAUGGAGAUCUUUGUGUGGGUGGGCUAUGUGUCAUCAGGUAUCAACCCGCUGGUCUACACCCUCUUUAACAAGACCUUCCGCCAGGCCUUCACACGCUACAUCACCUGUAACUACAGCAGCAUCAGUAAUGGGCCAGCCAGCCAUACAAGAGAACAGCAUUGCUGUAGGAAUCUGACACGGAUCUCCUUCCGUUCAUCUGUGGCGGAGAACUCUAAGCUGUUCAUGAAGCGGGGAAUGAAGAACGGCAUCGGGCCGGUGAGCUAUCAGAGUCAACUGAGCCGUCGGCAAGCACCAAUGCAGUCAUCUAGCAGCGUUCUCCUGGACACUCUGCUCCUUACCGAAAAUGAGGAUUGCAAACCCGAAGAGCAUGUCAGUUACUUGUAGGCCUUUCGGAAAAUGCAGUCAGCAAAAGGGAAACAAUUUGAACCAGAAAGUCACACCAAGGCUUGAGUUAUGAGCUCCCCAGGGGAUUACCUUCCAUGAGCAUCACCUUCUAGUUCCUACACAUGGUUUCUUUGCUAUUCAAGAAAACAGUGUGCUCUCAAGGGGAAAACAAAAGGAGAUGUCGAUCUCUGUCAAACACUUUGGCAAGAAAUAAGAGGCUCUCUGUACAGAGAUAGCUGAACAUUAUGAAUAAAAUGAGACAUCAAAUAGGUGUGUUGAGGUGGUUGCCCUCAAUAAAAGAUAACCUGACAAGGGUCAGGUCAGAUUGUCCUUAAGAAAGCCGCAAGAGAAAUACGUAAGGAAUGAAGACAUAUGACUGUCUGGAAACUCUCUCAGUGGAUACAAUGUCUAUUCCGAUGCUAAUCCUGUCACCUUGGGCUAUUUAGUUCUCUGCUAUGGACAAUUUCCAUUGAGGAGAUGACAUUCUUACCUAUUGAGAGGACAAACACUUCACCUUAUAAACUAGACAUUCAGCCUCAACAUCACACAAAAUAGUUUAUAAAUACCAAAAAAUUGCAGUUAAAAUGGGUGGUAAGUGCUUUCAUGAAUAUUAACAGAUUUAAUUGUAUAGUCACAGGUCCUAUUUUCCCAAACUGUUAAAGCAUCCAAGUGGAUUAUUAUAUAUAAAUACAACAAAGACAAAACCUUUGCAAAAGGGAAGCUUGUCAAAUACAAAUGUAUAGCCUACAGAUGGAUAUGUAUUUAGCAUAAAGUGCUGGUUCAUAAAUUGAUAAAUCUGUGCUUGGCUAAAAGAAAAGCCAUAAGUAUGUCAUUUUUUUACAG